AUGUCGAACGCGCCUACACGUGCGCACGUGGCCAGCCCUAAGAGCUCCCCGCAGACCCCUGCAGCCGAUCUCGAAAUUCCACAAACCUCAUCGCCAGAACCUGAGCUCAGCGACGCCGACUCCGCAAUCGCAUUCACUACACCUACCAUCCCCCUGAGCCGCAAAGAAAAGCGCCAAUUGAAAAAGGCAAAAAACGACUGCGCCGAUUCACCACCUGCCACACAAUCUAGCAAACCGCCCAACAACCCACCCAAAAAGUACCAGCUUUCAACACCAGCUUCGAUGCCCCCUGCCAAAAGCGCCAUACAAACCGCCUACCCGCUGCUAGUCUGCUCCAUCGGCAAUCCCGGCAGCACCUAUGCCAACACACUACACUCCGCAGGCCACAUCCUGACCUCCUACCUCGCCGUACACAAAUCCUACAAGCCCUUCACAAAAGGUCUCGCUGGCCAAGUCUCCACGCCCGACACAUCCGGUAUGUCCUUUGGCAUAUUUUCCGGAUUUCAACGCACAGAUGGUGCGCCGAUUACUGUUGCUCAAGACUGGACGUUUUGGCAGAGCACGAGCUUGAUGAACGUGUCUGGCAAAGGCGUGGGGCGCGCGUAUAAUGAGUGGUUGAAGGAUGUUAAGCGGAAGUAUGGGGAUCCGGCGAUAGAGGGGCGGUUGGUAGUUGUGCAUGAUGAGCUGGAGUCCCAGUUGGGGAAGGUCACGGUUAGAGAUGGCACAGCGAGUGCUAAGGGACACAAUGGACUCAAGAGCUGUCAGGCGAGUCUGGGGAAGACCAAGUGGUGGCGUGUUGGCGUGGGCAUCGGAAGGCCGGAUAGUAGGGAGCCCGAUGUUGUGGCAAAGUACGUGCUUAAGAAGAUGAGUCCACGGGAGAAGAGUGCGUUGGAGAAUAGUGCUGUGGGUGUCUUCAAGGCGUUGGAGGAGAUUGCCGCGGGGCAGAAAUGA